GGCGUCCAGCAAAGUGUUGAGUAAACAUUUUCCAAGCUCAAGAUGAAGUUCACCCUGUUCGCGCUUUUCGCCGCUGUCUGUGUGCUCAGCGUAAAUGCUGGAACCUUCCAGCCUCUGGCCCAGGCACCCGAUGUGGGCAUGGAGUUCGCGCCCAACGAUUUGUCUGACGAUGAGUUCAUUAACUUUGAGCCCGAGUUUGGAAGCUUCUUCUCCACCACCUGGUGGGUCAUCAAGGCUUGUCUGCGCACCGUCAAGGGCUUCAACUGUCUGAUCAAGUGGGUCAUUGGCAUCAAGGCUAGCGCUCUGCAAUACGCCGCAGAUAUCACUGGCUGCGGCAUCGCUGCCACUCAGGAUGUCACCAAUCUGAUCAACGCCAACCUGAAGAUCAUCACCACCUGCAACAACAUUAUCAACUACCAGGAGAACAUCUGCUCCAGCACCCAGAACGAGGAGAAGCCAUCGAUCACCAGCAACUGUGGCGGCAAGGUUCUCUACUCUGUCUUCACUCUUUACAAGCAGACCAAGACGGCUAUUGCUCUGGGCAAGAAGAUCACAAAAACCGGCUCCAAUGCCGGCACCUGUGUGGUUAAUGCCACCAACACUCUCACCAAUUACUACACUCAGUUCCCCGCGAACAUCAAGCUGUGCUCUCAGCUCUCCAAGAACUAAGCAGUGGGUCCCAAAGCCUGCAUGCAUUUGUGUAUGCCUAAAAUCAUUUUUUUUUCAUAUGUCAAUAAUAUAAUAUAGAAAGCAAAAGUAAUCUGCAUUUAA